GACUACAGUAGAACCUCGAUUAUUAGAAUUAUGUCUGUUACAUUACAUUAGAAAAAAACCGUCUGUGCAAUGGCUGCACACUGAUCACGCACCUAAACUGUUCUGUCACAUGACUCCAUAUUAAAAGCAAGCUAAGCAAAGAACACACACUCAGAGCAGAAUGGCAGACGAAGCCAUAUCAGUACCUCCCGCCGAAGAUAGCCGUGGCAACGACGUAGAGCUACAGAACAUGAGUAAUGGAGCAUCCAAUGAGAUGGCAGUAGUGGAGGCAGCCAAUAACGACACGAUCACAGAAGAGUGCGUGUGUUGUGUGAUCACGGAUGAAACGAGCACUGACUGGGCCAAGUCACGCUUCAGUUAUAGCCUCCCUCUCUCCUCUGAUGCCAAGGACCUCUACUCUGGUGUAGCACAUCAAGCAGACUAUGUGGAGGGGUCCUUUAGUCUCAUGUGGAAGACGGCCUCCAACACUGCAGAGUCAGAGGUGUCCAUUGAUCCACAGUCCACCGCCACACUGUAUGAGAUGGGCAUGUCCAGCACACCUCUCAAGAUGACCCUCUAUAUCAGAGACUACGAUGGAACACAACCUGUCAAAGUGGAGCAUUCGACCAAUGAGCCGACAGCCGUGAGCUCUGCCACGCCCAUCACUAACAACACUAGUACCUCUUGGUCCACUACCACCUACUACUCCAAGUAUAACUAUAAUGCCAAAUCUGACACAGGUUUUGUUGGCCUAGUGAAUCAAGCCAUGACUUGUUAUCUGAACAGUCUCCUCCAGUCUCUGUACAUGACACCAGAGUUUAGGAAUGCUCUACACAGAUGGCGUUUCUCUGGAGAUGAUAAAGAGCAAUCGAAGUCCAUUCCCUACCAAUUGCAGAGACUUUUCAUACACCUCCAGAUGUCAGACAAGCGUGCUGUAGAGACCACAGACUUGACUAAGUCGUUUGGUUGGGACUCGAGUGAGUCAUGGCAGCAACACGAUGUGCAGGAGCUGUGUAGAGUCAUGUUCGAUGCUCUGGAGCAACGCUUCUCUAAAGAUGGAUACGAGCGACCUAACCUCAUCAAUGAACUAUAUCAGGGAACACUCCUCGACUAUGUCAAGUGCUUGGAGUGUGAAGUGGAGAGCACCAGGGAGAAUCACUUCCUGGAUAUCCCUCUCGUCAUCAAGCCAUUUGGUAGCACAGCCACUUACUCCAGUGUGGACGAAGCUCUAACAGCAUUUGUUGCCGCGGAAACGCUCAACAAAGACAACCAAUAUCAUUGUGACAAGUGUGAUAAGAAAUGUGACGCACACAAAGGUCUAAAGUUCAAGGCUUUCCCUUAUCUCCUCACACUUCAACUGAUGAGAUUUGACUUUGACUAUUCGACAAUGCAUCGGAUUAAACUCAAUGACAGAAUGAGUUUCCCCACCGUGCUCAACCUCAACAAGUUCAUCAACCCACACGACAUGCCUCCCACUACCGGUGAAGACCCGGCCAGCCUCUACACGGACUAUAUUGUAGAGAAGUUUGACACCUCCAGAACAACAUUCCAAGCCAACAAAUACUCUAGCAGUGGAGAUACCAAAGGAGGAGAAGAGAACUCCAUACAUUCUGUGGAUGGUCCAGAACUGGGCAAGCUAUUGCAAGAGGGACCUUAUGUGUACGAGCUCUUCAGUAUCAUGGUCCACAGUGGCUCGGCCAUUGGUGGACACUACUAUGCUUACAUCAAAUCAUUCACUGACAAGCAGUGGUACUGCUUCAAUGAUCAGAGCGUUUCCAAGAUCUCGCGGUCUGAUUUAGAGGGAACAUUUGGCGGAAGUGACUCAAAGUCCAAAGGUUACUACUCAUCGAUGUACGCCAGCUCUGCUAAUGCAUAUAUGCUUAUGUACAGACAAGUCAACAAGGAGAAAAAUAAUGAUUAUUUGACUGAAGAGAAACUUCCUCCACACAUCCGUGGUCAAAUAGAGGAAGAGAAAAGGAGGGCAGAAAGAGAGAAAGAAAGACAAGAGUACGAGAAGUCACUAUGUAAAUUUCGGUUAUUUUGCCGACAUCCUAAAUCACAUGAUCUGUACGAGAAAAAGCUUGAGGUGCAUCAGGACGAUACCAUGGCAACUGUAACCAAGCAGGCAUACGAGUUGCUUGGACUAACGGACCUUGUUCCACUGGAGCAAUGUAGACUGGUCAAGUACGAUGAGUACACGGAAACAAUGGACCAAUCAUUUGAGGAGACACAGGAGGUCAGCUUUGGGGAUAUGGUGGGCGGAGCACGAUCUUAUUACUCAUUUGAGUUGUUUAUGGAACUUCGUGAUGAAGGGGAUAGUUUCAGAGUGUAUUGUAAAGGAGGUCUGAAUCUGAAGCUGCUGCUGGUUAGUCUGCCAUCUUGUGGAGUGGAGGGGCCGACCGUGUUCAGAGCUGAGCAAGGAUGGACCGUGCAGACACUCAAGGAGGCCAUUGCUAGGAAACUGUCCCUGCCCCUGGACACCAUGGUGGUUGCUAUGGAGACCUAUCACAACGACGGCAAGCCUUUACUGCAACCAGCACAGACUCUCAAGAAUGAAGGAUUCUACAGAAAACACACAGUGUUUGUGUGUUGUGAUAGUGAGGACAGUUGUAAAGAAUUCAAGGAAAGCAAAUUUUGUGAGGUCAUUGAUCGCCAUGCCAACUCGAUACUCCUACACAUCACAGUCCCGCCCCCACAAAACGAACAAGGCACUUCAGUGGACCCUGAUAAUGCUGACUCAACUGCCGACUCAACUGCUGACUCAGCACUGCCACAGCAAAACAAUCUGAGCAUUUCAGAGCCUCUGGAGAACGGACGUCCCAAGCAAAGAGUGGUUGACAUGAGGAUUGACCGACGCUGCUCUCUAGAGGAACUCAAGAAGCUACUGGAGGAACACGUACAACUGCCCUCCGCUCAGUUUAAGGUGUACAGAGUGUACAGUAAUAAUCAAGAGUACGAGAUGAUUCGGUUGAGUGAUUCACUGUCAACCGUUCCCACGGAAACCAAGAUGGUGGUUCGUCUCGGACGUGCUCUGUUGCCGGGAGAAUUCAGAAUCAAACUAUUCCUGUUGAGGAUAAACGACGCACAGUUUAUGAUGCCAAUCCUGGAGUCCAUAGUUCACAAAGGUAUGUCAGUGGCAGACUUCAAAGUUCAGCUCAUAGCGGAGGCAUACAAACAAGGCAUCGACCAAAAGCUGACGGCUGAUAGGUUUCGACUUCGUAAGAAAACUUGGAAGAGCCCAGGAACAGUGUACCUAGACUACCAAGUCAUCGAGAAGGACAUCCACGUGUUCUCAAACUUUGAGAUGUUUGUAGAACCACUUGAAGGUGAUGAGCCAAUGACUGAGAGCACACAGAUGCAAGUGUAUGUGCGUCACUGGCACCCCUCCUCUUACACUGUGGACCUCACAAGAGAGGUCAUCUUGUGUGAUACUAGUCCACAGCAUCUCAGGGCUAAGAUCUCAGAGCUGAGUGGAAUACCUGUGGAGAACGUUGACUUUGCUAAGUCGUAUGGGUCGUUCCCGUGUGAGGUGUCUGUGCUAGAAGUGGAGAAGGACUUGGACUGGAACCCUCAAGUGACCUCUGUGACCUCCAUGCCACUCUCCAUAUAUGAUGAUGGAUCCAUUGUCUACUUUAAAGACUCCACUGAGAAGCUUGUCGAGUUGUCCACUGAAAAGAGAAAUGAGCUGCAGAAAACUGAAAACACGCGGUUGAAUAAGUACAGUGUGUCUACUACGUACUCUUCGUACAGUCGCAAAGAAAAGGCACUCAAGAUCUACACUGAGGAAGAGAUGAAGGAGUCGACUGCUCAAGACUAGACACUGUGAAUUGUUUAUAAACUGUGUUUCCUUGUGUUCAAUAUAAUCAGUUAGUUAUUUAUGUGUGCGUUUAUUUUGAUGGUGUUUUAUAAUUAAAAUUACAUUGUUUGAGUGUUACUUCGA